GCCGCAAUAGCAAAUGCCAUUCAGAAUCCUCACUGUAGUGUUGAGCAUUAAGAUCAUAUCACGGAUAGCUUUCUUUACUUUAUCUUCCAGGUGCAACCCGGAGUGUGCACUUGCAGGUGGGUGGAAGUCGCGUUAAUUCCCGGAAGGACAACUAAAUAAGGUAAAAGUAGACUCAUUUCAAAGGGACUUUUGAAGCGGCAAUGACGAAGCUGUGACGUGCUGAUGCUAAUCAUUGCAAACUUGGAUAACGUUUGAUAGGUUACCGUUAGUCUAUAUCUUGACACACAAGAAGGUGGUGAGCGAAGGCAGACUGUAGACAUUGCGUUAAAUCCCGGAAGGACAGCCAAAUAAGGUAAAAGGAAAAGAUCACUUCAAAGGAACUUCUGAAGCGGCAGUGAUGGUGCUGUGACGCGUUGGCGCGAAACAGAUGAACUGGUUUGACCCGGUUACCACCAGUCUAUAUAUUGACACACCAGAAGAGCAUGUGUUGAGAGGCGACAGCCUGUAGUUUUGAAACAACCACCAUGGUUGAACGGUUGAAGAUAGCGGUGAUGGGAGCUCCUGGUGUAGGGAAGACCUCCAUCGUCCAGCGCUUCGUCCGAAACUCCUACACGGACGACUACUCAGCAUCGGUCAAGCGGAAAGUGUACCACACGGCCGUUGUGGUCAACGACCAGCUCUACGAACUGACCAUCCUGGACAUCCCAGGCGUUCUACCUCACCUCAGAGCGAACAGUCUGCACGAUUGGCAGGAUUUCCACGACUUCCAGGUCUUGGGGUCCCGAAACGAGCGCGCGUUCAUCCUGGUGUACGACAUCAGCUGUAGAGACAGCUUUGAGUACAUCAAACUGUUACGGGAACAGAUCAUAGAGACGCGCCGAACGGCUCUGUCACAGGAAGUGCCUGUCGUCAUCGUGGGUAACAAGCGAGAUCUCGCAGAUCACCGCGUGGUUCCCCGUCGAGACGUCGCCAACUUGGUCCGGAAGACGUGGAAGUGUGGCUACAUAGAGUGUUCGGCCAAGUACAACUGGCACGUCACGUUCUUGUUCAAGGAACUGAUGAAAAACGUUGUUUACGGCGGGAACAAGAACAUCGCCACCUCUGUACGGCUCAACGGCAACAUGAUGCGGAACAGAUGCAGGGUAAUGUAGCUGUAGUAGUUUGCUAAAUAAUCGCUAGAUGGCGGUGGCGCACUACUGCUCUAACCCUUUGACACCGUGCGUGGCCUAUUUCCAUCCGAUGAUUGACAUUCGUCAUCUAUUGCUGUUAUGGGAACGUUCACUUGAUACAUUGCAAGUGUCUUUUGUCUUUAUUAAUAUCCUAGAACGUCAGAGAUCACCUAUCUUAAUAAGAAAGACGUUAAGUAUAUGUUUGCAAGGUUUCGUCAUUGUCUUUCAUGUUUUAUCAUCAAAUAUUUAUCUUAAAUUUACAUUAUCCAAAGAAAAUAGUACUGCCAUUAGAAUAAAAUACCCUAUUGUCUACCUUUUGUGGUCAGAAUUGUGAAUGAUUCAUUGAUAAUUCGUUGACAAUGUCAGUAUGUGACUGGGGUUAUAUGUAUGUGUUUAAUUUGUUGAUCAAGGGCUAAAUGUAAGGAUUUUAUAUUUAUUGUAUUCGUUCUGUUGUAAAUAUAGCCAAGGUUGCCCAACUAGCUGUUAGCUAUUAUCAAGGGCUAACCUCGGCAGAGAAAUACAAUGUAAUUUGUGCAAGGAUUAUAUAUACAUCAGAGAGUAACACGUGUACAAUUUGCACGACGUUCUAUUGAUAAGUAAUAGGUUUGAGGUUUUUUAAGGUCGCAUGGCCCUAUUGGCAUUGUGUUCUUGACAGAAAUAUCGCUGCGAACCUCCCACUUGUAACCAUUCCGCCACAAUAGAGACGUCACCAUAGCGACAGAAAUAUGGCAGACCCCUCUAGGAGCAUUGAUGUGAGCUGGAGAGGUUAGGCCCACAAAAAUCAAUGUUGUGUUUAAUGGGGAUUUUUUUCUUUGUUCUUUUCUUUAGAUUUCAGGCAAAGUAAUCCAACAAUACUGUUCAAAAUGUAGAACUGAAUUAUCAUACACUUAUUUUCUAGAUAUUGUCAUUAGAUUAUGAUACUGAUAUACGUUGUACGGGCACAAUUUUACUUCAAAAUGCUUCGUUUUUAUUACGUUGUUGUCAAAUUGAAAAUCUUAUAUUCCUGUAAGCGGUUGACGCCCCCCCCCCUGCAAAGGCUAGGGAUACAAUAAGCUUUUUAAGUUAGGUUGAUAAUCGAAUAAAACACAGCAUUUUCAUAGGAAUUUUGAGGAGGCUUGAUACUAUACUGUUAAAUGUAGGUAGAGUCAAUUCAGCUGUCUGUUUCUUGUCAUAUACGUAUACGUUGUGCCAUUUUAUGAGUGACAACGCCGGCGCCGUUGGCUACAUUUCUGUUUUAACGGCCUUGCAUGAUAAAGUACAUGCAUAUAACGUUAUUUCUACAUACUUUAUACAGUGCAUGUGAUAAGUCCAAUCACCGUCUUAAUGUCACAGAUUAAGAUUAUUGAACCCACCCUUACCUGGACGUAACUUAGUAAGGAAGCGUAGUCAAACUAUGCCGUCAGAAAUAUUGUAUUGUUGUUUAAAUCUAAUGAAUGAGGUAUUUGAUACUGUCUGUACCAUGUUUAUAAUGUAAUGUACUCUC